AUGGAGAGGGUGGAUUUGUAUGAAGAAAAUCUGAUCGGAGGUGGAUUCAUUGAAUUACCUGAAUCAAUCGGAAAUCUAAAAAUCUUGAAAGUGAUACAGGUUGGUUAUAAUCCAACAAAGAAGUUUCCUCAUGCUCUUGGAGCAUUGAAGAAUCAUGAAGAGCUACGUGCCCCUGGUUGUAAAAUGGAAGGUGAAAUCCCUACCGAAAUUGGAGAGUUGUCCAUGUUGAGAAUCUUAAUUUUGAGGUCUAAUGAAAGAGUUAAUGUGCCAAGGACAAUUGUUAUGCUUCCUCUCUUGCAAAUGCUGGACUUAAAUACGUGUAGUGAGAUUCAAGAAUUGCCGGAGCUUCCCUCUAGUUUGACUGAUCUAGUGCUGGAAUCCCAUUCUCUGCAAUUUGUCCCUGAUCUCUCAAACCUUACUAACUUAGUUAGAUUGAUCCUCUCUGAUGGAUCUCUGGUUGGAGGCACAACAAGCUUAAGACUAACUUGUGACAUGCGAUGGUUACGGAGUUUAUCCAAACUGAAUGAAUUGAACUCAUGCCUGUUGAAUAUCCCCACACCACCUACAGAACUGAGCUCCCUUUCUUUUCUGGAAAAACUUACUUUGUAUGGACUAGACCUGCAAUCCCUCACAGAGCUUCCACCAUCUCUGUUGUACUUACGAGUCCAUAGUUUCAACUCAGCAGGGUUACCCAUGUCCAACUUGAGAAACUUGUCAACUUUCAGACUCUCACGAUCAGAGGUAAAGGAAAUUCAGCUUGAUGGGCUUCAUCAAUUGGCAAGUUUGAGCGUCUCGGACUGUGAACUCCUGGAGAGGCUAUCCUUUCCUUCAAUCAUAAAUGAAAUUUCUGUUAUUGGUUGCCCAAAGCUAGUUGAGGUUCAUUUUCUUGGUGUUUUAGAAUCGCUUGAGAGAUUGGUUAUUGAGAGGUGCGAAUCUUUUGAAAGGUUAAGUUUUCUGCUGGAGCAAGGAUGUGAUGAGCUGACAUUUUGUGAGGGGAGAUUGUCCCUUCUAUCAAGCGCCUUUAGGAAGCUCACAGAAUUCAGUGUUGUAGAGUGCCCGAAGCUAGUUGAGAUUAAGUUGUCGGUAUUCUGGAAUUAUUGGAGAUAUUUUCUGUGGAUGGGUGUCUGGCUAUGGAAAGAUUAG